CUUGACUGUUUAAUAAACCCUGGGUUGAAGUGAUUGGGGAAGAACUGAACUAGGAAACGGACUUGGAAGACUAGAUGGGCGCAGGCUUUAAGGCUGAUCAAGGCCUGCACUUGUGAAAGCAGCCUUUGUGUGGCGCUGUUGGACGCGGUUUGUACGUUGCGGGUAUGUGUUGUGACGCGUCACGGCUGCUGUGGUCGCAGGUGUAAAAUCGAGCCGGUGGCGUUUCUCCAGAAGGUCCCACCGCGGUCGUGCGUUUAACGGAGUCACUGGUUAAGCCGCCAGCGUCCGCGCGGAGCCGCGAGGUGGAAGGUUUUCAUUCCAAACGGGCGCUUCCGUCAGUCUCGGUGUUAACGCGGUAUCGUCUGUUUCUGCUUUUCUCGGCAGCCAGUGCGACUCUUCACGGAUAAGUUCGGCCGCCCCUGCUCCACAGUCUGUAUCAGCGGUCUGAGCUGUGCCUGGUGGGCGGGGUCAGGUCCUCUUCAUCUCUAUCAGAGCGAUGCGAGCGAGCCCCCCGUGGCCGUCGCGGCCGCUUAUAUUAAUUCUUUUCAAACUGCACGUAACAUUUGAAGUAUAAAACCAGUACUCUUUAUUACAAAGACCACAAAACGUACAUAGACGUACCAGAUGUUUAGACGUUUUCAGCAUCUCACAAACGAGCGUUUGUGUUUGAGUAAUAAUAAGGAGCGAUACAGGCAGUACGUUUAUCGUGUGUGACUGAGUUUUGCUGCACUUUUCUACACAGAAAAAAGCUUUGACUAACAUACUUUCUAACCCUAGAAAAUCGUUUGUUUCAUUCCUGCUCACAAUUUUGAGGUUCUUCAACAAUUAGUUAAAAUGUUUUUUUUCCUGUCAGUUUUGUGUAAAUUGUCAUAUCUACAGUGCCCUGCUGGUGCCAUCCUGUAUAAAUAAAGAAGCGUGACCAUUACUUAGGCGUGGGAAUGAGAUGAUUAAGUCAUGGUCACAAUUUAUCCUUGACCACAGCUUAAGAUAUUAUCUUGUUCCCACACCUCAAGUCGUGGCCAGGACUUAGUAAGACGUGGAAACGAGAUCAUUAACUGGUGGUCAUACAUUAGGGUCUGGUUUCCAUGAAGUAUAUUUCUUUAUACAGGACGUCACCAGGAGGCCACCACACAUAUCCUACUAUAGGAUAGACUCAACACCAGGCCAGGAAAAGUAUCCAAAAGUGGCCCAUGAGGAUGCUUAACUUGAUCAACCAGAAAGUUACCCUAACUUCACCACCUCACUGAAUGAGUUAUUUUACACGUGUAUUUGUGUGUAUAUAUUAAUACUUUGAGGUGAAAUAGUUUAUUGCAGUAAAAUACAUUUUAAAAACCCACCUUCAUUUUUGUCGAUGAUUUCAGUUUGUCUUUUUGGCCGUUAACCCACAGCCACAAAAAGUUUAGGCACCCAUGCUUUACAACUCUUCACACUCACAAACCUUUUCUUCACGGCUCUUCAGGUAACAAAGUGGUUCCUCUGUUGCAUCACUCAAAGAAACCUUUAUGAGUUUUAGUCACCAAAGGGACGCACAUUCAUACAGAAAAGAGCAUUCUACAAUGUCUGGUUUCCAGGCCUCCAAAAUCUCUUGGAGCCAUAUUAGGAGACAAGGCACCACAUCUCUGUCCAUGGUCAUGACAUUUUAAGGCAGAACUGCAGGUUGGUCUCUAAAUAGACUGCGCAGAGGUCCAUGCUGUACAGAAGAACAUACAGUAGUUGGGUAUUAAGGAUCACUAUACAUUCUGUUAUUUUAAUAGAACAUUGAUUCAAAUUCACAGGCAUUAUUCUUGAUAUAGCAAAGACACAUACCUUUCAUGGGAUUAUAUCAGCCUAUUCCUCCCUUGUGCUUGGAAUAACUCCACCUCACUCCCCAAAGGAAGUGAGAGUUGGUUACGUACACACAAAGUACAAAGGGACACAGUGUGCUUAUCAAAGAGCUCUAAAUAGCCUGUUUUUGUUUCAUUCAAUAAUUGCUCUGCUGCAUGUAUUACAUUAGCACUUUUUAUACUGAAAAUCAAAACCAAAAGUUAUAGUGUUGGCCAGAAUGAAUCUAUGGAAUUUUUUGGGUUGCAUUGUUUCCCAUGUGACACCCUGUAUUCAUGCAGGAAUUAGUUCCUUAUUUAAUGACGACACAAAACAAGUUUCUCAGAAUUUUGGUUUCACAAACACUUAGACACUCAAUACAACACUCAACAAAUAUCGAUCCUACUUUAAUAUGACAGCCUGUUGUAUAGAUAAAGGGAUAAUCCUGUAUGUAGUGUUCUUUCUUGUGCAAAAUGGAAAUGGAGAGGAGUGCACUCAGAUUAGAAAGGAUGGACAUUACACGUGUGGCGGAAGGAAUCUCACCUGCAUACCUACCAGUAUUCCUUCCUCUGUGGAGAUGCUGGACUUCAGUUUUAAUUUCUUGCCCACCUUGCGGAGGACUGUAUUCCCUCAGCUGUAUAAUCUGAAAUGUUUAGAUCUCACAAGAUGUCAUAUCCAUCAUAUUACUGACGAUGCUUUCCACAAUGUGAAGAAUGUGGCCACUCUAAUUCUCACUGGAAACCCUGUCUCAUAUAUAGGACCUGAUGGAUUAAACUCAUUACGUAAACUACAAAGAUUAGUUCUUGUGGACACUGGCCUGUCAUCUUUAAAUGUCCAGUUCAACAAUCUCACCGGGCUUCAAGAACUAAACAUUGGGACUAACAACAUUCAGUCCAUGGCUCUUCCACCUUUCAUGAUAAAGUUCAGGGACUUCAGUUCACUGGAUCUUCAUGCUAAUAACAUAUCCAUCUUAAGAGUAGAUGACACUGAUGUUCUACGACGGAUGAGGGGGAAUAUCACAUUAAUCCUCUCACAGAACCCGAUAUUAUACAUAGAACCAGGGACAUUUCAGAACCUUCACCUCAGAGAGCUGAACAUACGGAGUGCCUUCGUUUCACUCAAUGCACUGAGGGAUGGUCUAAAAGGACUCGGUGGUCUUAAUGUUGACAAAUUCAUCAUUGGAAACUACAGAGAGGGCAAUGCAGGGACGCCUGAGGGCAUUUACCUUGAUGGCCUCUGCAUGAUCAAUUUCAAAGAAAUUGAAUUUCUCAGACUUGGCUCAUCAGCUUCUGACUUCCAUUGUAUUGUCAAUGCAACAAAGAUCAAAAUUGAACGAGGCGCUAUAAGAACAAUAGAAAACGUUCCGUUUCAGAACAUUAAAGAGCUCUUUAUAGGGUACAACAAUGUACCCAUGAACCUGAAACUUUCACAUCUACAUUCUUUAGAAAAACUUGUGAUACUUGAGAAUAAGUAUACGUUCUUUAAAGGUCUCAGCGACAUGCCCAAACUCCAGCAUGUAGAUCUGAGUGGAGGCAAAAUGAGUCUAGUGCGCUGCUGUUCAGAGUAUUUCAGAGGGAUGCCAAACCUUCGCAGCCUUAACCUGAGUGUAAAUACAGAUUUAUCUUUGAACAAGGAGCCAUUUUCUGGACUUACCUCCUUAGAGGUUUUGGAUUUACACCUCACAAGUUUAAGUGGACUAACUGUGCAAUUUGAACUUUUUAAAAACCUCCCCUAUUUACAAUUCCUGGAUAUUUCAUAUUCAGAUACUACUUUUAGGAGCACAAUGACAUUUAGUUAUCUAAACAAUCUAAAAGUACUAAAAAUGGCAGGCAUCAAUAUCCAAGGAGAUGCACUGACUUAUUUAUUCCAAAAUCUCACAUUUCUGGAAUUACUUGACAUCUCAGAUUGUAAGAUUGAGAGCAUAGCCUGGAAAACAUUUAAAGGUCUCCCAAGACUAAAGCAUUUAGUUCUUAAUCAAAAUAGAUUCAUGGUUUUGGAUUUCUUAACCCACCCUAAUCUAAAAGGCUUAAGAGUAUUUGAAGUGCACACAAAUAACAUUGCUAGCAUUGCACUAAAUAUCCUACAAAAUCUGCCAACGAAUCUCUCAGUUUUUGAUCUGUCCUUUAAUCCAAUUGAUUGUUCCUGUUCACAAAUGAAUUUUAUCUUGUGGAUUACUGGUCAUCAACAAAUAUUCCCCAAAUCAAAUGACAUUUUAUGUAAAAUAUCAUCACAAGCUCCUAAAAUGAGGGUCAUUGACUUUGACGUUGAAAGUUGUAUACACAUCAGAAGACUUGCAAUUGUUUUGUCCAUAUGUGCUGUACUUCUGUUUGUGCUGGCAUCAGUUUUGGCCUAUAGGUUCCAGUUUUACCUGCGGUACGGGUGCGUCCUGCUAAGAGGCUACAGAGCCUCCAGACAGCAAGAAUGUUCCUAUGAUGCAUUUGUGAUCUACUCCAACAAAGAUGAAUCCUGGGUAAUGGAUGAACUGGUGGAAAAUCUGGAAAAUGGGAUCCCACCCAUCCAUCUGUGCCUCCACGUGCGGGACUUUGAAGCAGGCAAGACCAUCACCUCCAACAUCAUAGACGAGGGCAUCAUGGGCAGUCGUAAAAUUAUAGUGGUCAUAUCUAAACACUUCAUUGAGAGCUCUUGGUGCCGAUUCGAGUUUGAGGUGGCUCAGUCCUGGCUGGUGACACAAGGCAACGCCAACAUCAUCAUCAUUAUUCUGGAAGAUGUGGAGGAGGAGAAGACCAAGAAAGUGUUCGGACUCCAUAAGCACCUGAAAAAGAACACUUACCUGAAGUGGAGCGGGAACCCCAUCAGUAACAUGAGGUUCUGGAUUCGGCUCAGAAAAGCUGUCAUGAUGAGAAAUUGAUGUGCACAUCACAUUGUGUCAAUGUAUUAAUGAACUGGUGACCACAUUGUAUGCAACAGAACUGCAGAUAGUGUGAA